AUGCUGACAAUCGAAGGAACAGUACCACAAAGUAACAAGGAUACAAUCGAUCUCAAAAUCACCUUCAUCCAGGCCGACAUAUCUUCGACCAUCCCGAACCUAGAUGAUCCAGUGGUGAUUUCUAUCCAAACAGGCGAGCUACUGGUAAGAAAAGUUCUUUUGGACCCAGGUAGUAGUGCAGACGUUCUUUUUUAUUCUACAUUCCAAAAAAUGAAACUAUAUGGAAAAUCCAUGCAACCUUCAUUCGGAGAACUGGUAGGGUUCUCCGGAGAAAAGAUCCCAAUUAAAGGCUAUAUAUGGCUAAAAACGACAAUGGGAGACACCCCAUUGUCACAGACCAUUGACAUCCAAUAUCUUAUUGUCGACUGUCCCAGUCCUUACAAUAUUAUCCUCGGAAGACCUGCUCUGAACAUGUUCAGAGUAGUAGUGUCUACCUUACAUUUAUGUGUUAAGUUUCAGGCACAGGAUGGCAAGAUAGCAACACUCCACUCAGACCGCCAACAAGCUCGGAAGUGUUACAAUACAAGCCUAAAAAAUCCGAUGUGA